GUAGCAACACGCUAGAAGCAGCCGGAGCCGGUGGGAGUCGUGUGUGCCGGGCUGGAGAUAAUUGUGCGUUCUCUUGUGGCGAGGCCAGGAGCUCUUGUCUAGACCGUGGUUAUGGCGAUGAUCUCCACCACGCGGCGAGAGCGCCGCCGAGCGCAGCCCACCGCCGCCGUUGCGCCCCCGCCUCGGCUGCUGGCUCUCGCGCUGCUGCUGGGAGCGGCUGGGCUUAGGGGUGUAAACGCGAGAGGCGCGGCUACGGCAGCACCGUUGGCGGGAGCGCCGACCAUGGAGCUGGUGGACGCGAGUGGGAAGCUGGCGUCGGCUAGCGAGAUCACGUCGCUGCUGAGCGGGUUCGGCGGCAAGGCAAUGAACGUCGUGGGCGUCCUGGGGAGCAAAGGCAGCGGAAAAUCGACGUUGCUCAACCAGGCCUUCGGAACUUCUUUUUCGGUGGGAGGGCCCUUGAGCCAGGGAGCACCGACGGGCGUGUCCGCGGCAAAAUGCGACGGAGUGCUCUUGUUGGACUGCGACGGGUUGGAGGAAGGGGCCGAUCCGACGGCCAUAUCAAAGGGGACGACGGCCGGACAGGCCACUGCAUUUUCGGCCGCCCUGAGCGACGUGGUGCUCAUGAACUUGUGGCGGUCCGACCUCGGGAGGAGUGUGGCAUCCAAUGUCCGCACCAUCAAGACUCUCUUCAGCGAGAAGCUACAGGAGAUCGCUGCGGCCGGCUUGACGGGAGACUUGGAGGAGGUAGACUCGUCAGCUGCGGCGGCGUUCAGACCGACCCCUGUGGUGGUGGCCGUGCACGACUGCGACCCCGGCGCGGACACGGAUGCUCUCGAGUGGGCGGUGAUGGAGGAGAUGUUGGCUGUAUGGCGGGAGGUCGACCACCCUUCCGGGGCCACCUUGCAGGAGUGCUUCGACAUUCAGGUGCUGGCUAUCCCCCACCCCCGGUAUCACGCCGUCGCCUACGCCACCGCCAUCGAGGCUCUGAAGCAGAAGCUGCAGACCAUGGAGGCGUCGACGGCCACGGCCGGUUUCCGCGACAGGGUCACUAGGGCCUGGCAGGCGGUGCGCGAUGCGGGAGCGACCAUGAUCCCAGCAAAGUCUGAGAUGGUGGCCCUCUACAAGGUGGACUCGGCGUACGGAGAGGUGAUGGGCAGUGCUGACAUGCAGCUCAAGUCCUGGAGACAGACCGUCGGGGCGGGCAGGGUCGUUGGUGACUUCGGCGAGAGGUCGACGAAGCUGUACCGGUCAUCCGUCAAGGCUUUCGACACCAAGACGGUCAGGUUUAGCACUAGCGCAACCAGGGCGACGAAGAGGGCGGCUCUGCUCUCCACCAUGGAGACGGGCAUCAAGGAGCUGUACGCCCGGCAGCUGUCGAUGCUGUGCGCGAGGGCCCUGAAGAGCUACAAGGCGGCUCUGGUGAAGCUCCUCGGGGAUGAUGUGCUCAACGAGGAGUCGGAGGCGAACGUGUUGCGUCAGACUCUCUUUUCUUUCGAGGCGGAUGCCACCUCGCUUGUGCCGGACAUGUUCUCCCUGGGCUUCGAGGACGAGUACGAGGAGCUCGAGGCAGACCUGCAGGAAUUUUCGGAGAAGUUUGCCGACUCUCCCGCCGCCCAGGCGAAGGCGGUCCAGAAGGUAGAUACGAAGGUGCAGAAGCCGAAGGGGGAGCGCAGCGUGGGCUUCGGCUUGGGACUGGUGGGGAUGGUGCGACAAGAAGGCUACGGCAACCUGCAGGGAUUCACCGGCUACAGAGCGGGCCCUCACACCAUUACCAUGGGCUACGCCAACGACGCCUCCCUGCCGGACGCUAGCGGAGGGGCCGCUGGGAAAGUUCCACUACUUCGCCUCCAACCGAAGCUGAACGUGGACAUCGAUCUCUGAGUUUUAGGCUCUGGUGCUGGCUCUGUUGUGCAAGGCUUGGUCGAAGAUAGUCGGGGGUGAAUGUAGAGGGCCCUGGCGGCCGGUCAACGUGUCCGCUGUGGUAUGUGCCUUUGGCUCGAUUUGGCUUGAUUCGAUCCGCACGAAAAAUAGUGCCCCAAGGUGCAGUGUUUGUGUUGUGGCUGUUGAUUAAGAAUGCGAGGGGUGCCUAGCGCCUAGUGCCUCCCUUGUUGCUGCCCUUUAUUCUAUCCGUCCCAACUGCUGUACCUUUUUUUUGCCUGUACCAAAAGGCUGGCGUGUGCCAUGCGUGGCAAGGUAGACUGACUCGCAAGUCCAAGUCUUCGCUCGGAGUACGAGCUGGAGUUUUUCCUUGUUUGCUUCAUGCGCUGCGGACAUUCGUCGUGUGCUAGAUGCGACUUGUCCUUGAAUGUGGAACGAUAAACAAACAUCUAUCAGACUCGGCCGACACACCGUAUUAACGAAAGGUAGCAGGCACGCGGCUGGCUUUCAGCGGGGUCAUGUGCUCUGGGGAUGGGGCUGCCAUGAAGAGAGUCGGGGAGGUGUGUGUGGGUGUUUGUGUUGGUUGCUUUGGGCUUGUCUUUUUCGUUGGCUUCUACUGGGCUUACUAUAUUCUAGACCGUGUCGUUUCGUUUUUGUUGGCGUUUGGAGGACGGGCUCCGCAGCUUGGGGGUGAUCCGACAACGCUUUAGCCGGGUUAGUCGCAGCCGCGCUCCAGUUGCAGGUUUCGACGGCACCUUUCCUGUGGCGGCCCCUUGUGCGUCCCCUGUUGCGUUGUCGUAUCGCUCGUGCCUGUACAUGCGCACGGGCGUAUGGUGGUUUUGUCCGUGGAGGAGGCGGACCCGGGGAUGCAUUAUUCACAGACAAAAAGACGUUCGUUUC